AUGUCUCUGCACUGUCUGCCCAGGCGCGUCCCUCAGGCGCGGGUGCCCUUCGCAGCUAAGCAAUUUUCCACCUCUGCACGCACCGCCAGCUAUGCAGAGACGCUUCCAAACCUCAAGAUUGGCGUCCAUACGAGGGUUCUGUUCCAGGGAUUCACAGGGAAACAGGCGACCGCCAAUGUUAAGGAGUCGCUAGAAUGGGGCACCAAGAUCGUGGGCGGCGUCAAGCCCGGCGUAGAGGGCGAGCACCUGGGGCUGCCCGUAUUCCCUUCUGUCAAAGCGGCCCAUAACCAAGCAAAGCCCGACGCAUCUGCCAUCUACGUGCCGGGCAAUCAAACCGCAAAAGCCGUGGAAGAAGCCAUUGAGGCUGAGAUUCCACUGGUGGUGGCCGUGGCCGAGCACGUUCCCAUCCAUGACAUCCUUAGAAUCCACUCAAUGCUCCAGACACAAUCCAAAACCCGGCUGGUAGGCGCCAACUGCCCAGGCAUUAUAUCUGCAAUCGGCAAAUGCCGCAUCGGCUUCCAGCCACUGCCGUGCUUUGCACCCGGCAACGUCGGCAUCGUGGCCAAGUCAGGAACGCUGAGCUACGAAACCGUGGCGUCGACGACGCGAGCCGGACUAGGCCAGAGUCUGUGUAUUAGUAUGGGCGGUGAUGUCUUGGCGGGCACCAAUUUUGUCGAUGCCCUGACGGUCUUUGAGGACGAUCCCGAUACCCAUGGGAUUAUUCUGGUUGGCGAGAUUGGGGGUACGGCUGAAAUGGAUGCGGCGGACUGGAUUCAAGAUUAUCGGAGAAGGACUGCGAGCCCUAAGCCUAUUGUGGCUCUUGUUGGCGGCUUGGAAGCGCCCCCGGGCCGUAUUAUGGGUCAUGCUGGGGCGUGGGCGGCACCCGGGGAGCCGGAUGCUCAAGCCAAAUACCUCGCUCUUGAGCGUGCAGGUGCGGUUAUGGUCAACCACCCCGAGAAAUUCGGCGAGCGGAUGAAGACGCUACUAAGCAAUGGAGCCAGCAGGCCGGGCACGAACUCUUUCUCGGGGGCAGGGUCCCCAAAACGGGGCCUUCACGUCAUGAGACGAGUCACUCCCACUUCACGACCAGCUAUCAAGCAGAACCGAAGUCUCUACGUAAAGCAGUUUCAAGCAUUUAACAUCCUCAGACAAAAUUCCGUUCCGGUGAACGAAGCGACUUCCGAAUCUGACAUGUCCUUGUCCAUCACGGUGGACCGAACGGCCAGCUCACCAUGCAUCAUCGCGUCCCCAGCUGCCGGGUUCGAUCCAUCGCAGUCCCGCAAGUUUCCUUUCAGCUACACCCAAGUCAAUUUCGAUAACAGCUCGGUCAUUGCCGCAGUAGCCUCAUACAUGGGUCUCCCUGCCUCGGGACAUGAUCAGCUAACCGGUCUAGUACAAGCAUUGUGGGAGAUCUUCAAGGAGAAGGAGGCCUUUGUGUUAGAGACCCGGGUUGGCAUGGCAGCCGAUGGCACUCUGGAAGUGCACGGUGCGCGGUUUGGGUUUGACGAUGCUGCGUUCCGCAGCUCCGGUCGUCAGGAAGAGAUUCAUCGGCUGCGCAAUCCCGCCGAAGAGGUGCCGGAAGAAGUCGAGGCAGAGAAGGACGGGAUUGUCUAUGUUAAAUUGCAAGGCGAAGGCAGCGUCGGAACACUCGUCAACGGAGCCGGUCUGGCCAUGAACACUGUCGACGCCCUCACCUUCCAUGGCGGCCACUGCGCCAACUUCCUCGACACCGGCGGCAAGGCCACCUCGGAGACAGUCAAGUCUUCUUUCCGGGUGAUUUGCUCUGACCCACGUGUCAAGGCCAUCUUCGUCAACAUCUUUGGCGGGCUCACCCGCUGCGAUAUGAUUGCUGAGGGUGUCAUCCUCGCCUUCCGGGACCUGGAUAUGAAAGUGCCUGUUGUGGUGCGACUGCGCGGCACCAAUGAGGAGUUGGGACAGAAGAUGAUUGCGGAGAGUGGCCUUCCAUUGCAUGCAUUUGAUGGGUUUGAGGACGCGGCAAAGAAAGUCAUUGCUUUGGCGGGAGAGAAAUGA